AUGUAUUAGGACCCUCAAAACAAUGAAGAAAUUAUAUUACUUUAGACCAUUGAAAAGGAGUUAUCUAAUGACUAAUAAUUAUAAUAAAUUUGCAAAAUAAUAGGGUAAUAGAAUCAAAAUCCUCGAUUGUUGGUAUUUCUUCAAGAAUUAUUCAAAAUACUCUUUAAUACAUACACAUAAAAAGAUUAUCUCUAAAAAACCCUUAAAGUUUUAAAUACUAUUUUGAAUAAAUACAAAUUCAGGAAUAGACCAAUACAAUAUUCUGAUUUGAGUCAUUAUAUUAAUUAAAAAUAUAAUGAAGUCUUGGCUCAUUUUUAUGAAAAAGCAUUCCUGAAAGGGCCUGAUGAAGCAUACAAGCAUAUGAAUUUUAUUUAUUACAAAAAGAUAGCAAGAGAUUACAUGUAGUCCCCGACUUGUUAAAAUUCUGAGUUAACAAAAAGUAUUUUAACCAAAAUUGAUUAAACCAAUUAAAGUUUUACAGGUAAUACUCCUUAAGAAUUCGAAAUGGCUGUUUUUGAAUGUCUAAAUACACUGGAGUAAGAAUUACUCACAUAAAUUGUUUCGGCUGAUUAAAGUAAGGCCCCUAAAUAGAUAAAUAGCUUAUAAGAAAAGUUCUUAUUAAAUCUUCCCCCAGAUUUGUAGGACAAAUACAGAAGUCAAAAUUUCACAGAUAUAUAUGCUUUUAAAGAUUAUCUCGUUUAAGAAAAGUAGACCAAAGGUAUUGAAAAAAUUUUAGGAUAUAUAUUCGUAGACAAAUUAAACUUUUAUUUAAAUUCCUAUUAUUUUGUGAAUUCAGCAAAAAAGAUCAAGGAAAAUAAAUCAGAUUUGUAAAGAUAGUUGCAUGAACUUGAAAAGGACAUCAUGGAUUCUCAGAAGGAUUACUAUUCUUUUAUUGAUAUUCCAUCAGUCAAAUAUUUUUAUAAAAGUUUAAAGUCAAAGCGUGUUCGAAAUUUGAAUGGACAAUGCUUUUCUUUUAAGAAGAAGUUAACAGACUUUAUAAAAUCUGAAAUCAAUUCCUGUGAAGUACCAAAAAAAUUUAACAUAGCAUAAUCUGAGAAGUGGAAUGAAAUUUAUUUUACUUUAUAUUCAGAAAUGUAAAGGAACACAACAAUUGAGGAGGCUAAUGUUGCAUUUAAGAUAAUUUAGAAUAUUUAAUAAUUAAUACUAUAAUUUUUAAGAUUUAGAUGGAAUUAUCUCUUUUUAUUUUGUGCAUUAAUUGUGGAAGCUAAACUAUAAUAAGACGAAUUAGAUUCGGUUUUAGAUGUGGCUUAUAAUAUGAUGUAGCAGACUAACAAGGGCAAUUUAAAUAGAAGUUUUGAUUAGAUUUUAGCAGAAUUAAAUGCAAAAGCAUCUAAAUAAAUAACUUCAAAUUAUUUUGAUAAAAUUGGGUAUAAUAUGGGCUACAUUUCUUUAUAAGUCCUUGAAUCUCUGCUUCCUUUUAUAAAUAAUAAACUAAUUAAAGUUAUGCUUCAAGUGAAUGUACAAAGCAACUAAAAAAUUAGGUUGAUCAACGAUUUGAAAACCUUCGAGUUUCAUUUAAUCCAUGAUUGCAGCCAAAAUUUAAAGACAUAUUUAAAAAUAUUUGAUAAAUUAGUUGAUUCAAUCUUGGAAGGGGAAAAGGAAGAGAAAGACUAAAAAUCUUUGUUCUUAAGAUCUUAUACAGUGUAUUUCAAUACAAAACUAAAAACUUUAAUCGGGGAAAGAUCUAAUAAACAAUUGGGUUCGUAGUUUUUUAACACUUAUUUUUACAACAUUUCAAAAUUAAAAUUAGAUUAUCAGAGAAAGACUUUAGGCCAAUAUCAAGAAAUAUUUUAAAGGGAAGAGAAAAUUAGUUAAAUUUGUGAAUAAUUUAUUUUAAAGGAGGCGGAACGGUAAUAUCCAGCGGAUAUAUGUAAAGAUUUGAUACCUGUUUAUAUCGAUACUUUUUUUAAGGAUAAUCCUUUUAUAAUUUUCUUGCCUGCCUUACUAAGAGGUUUAAGUUUUUUCUUUAGACCCCAAAAAUAUAUUAUUUUUGAAAAAUUAGAAAGAGUUAAAUUUGCUGCAGUUGCUUUCAGAGAUAAGGAUUAGAAUGAAAUAAAUAAAUUUAUAGAAUUUAUGAAUGUUUAAAAAGAUUUAUAUACUUUUGAAUAGUAAUUUCAAAUCGCUAAGAAUAUCUAUAAUUUUUAUAUCACAAUACCUCAAUUUGUUGGAGAAUCUUCAGCUUGUAAACCAAUUACAGAUUCAUUUCCAUAAUUUAGUCAAAUGAAGAGCAUAAAUGAUUAUAAUUCUACAGCAUAUAAUGCUAUUUGUUUUUUUACUUCCAAGUUUUUUUGUCAAGACCCUAAGGCAGUAAUAAAAGGAGAAGAUCAAUUAAGAAAUAGUGAUAUAUUAAAGAAAUUGUCAAGUUUAAUGAGUGAAAAAAGUCAGUUUGAACCCAUUUAAUAGGACAAUUUCUUAAUCUAAUUUAUAGAAUUAAAAAAUUACAAAGCUUAAUUAAUAAAAGAAGUACACUAAAGUAAUGAUUAAAAUUUUUAACAUAAAUGUAUUGAAGUAUUUCAAAAAUAGACUAGUAGAUAAACAAUUAUGAGUGAGAUUAUAGAAUAUAAAAAAUAGAAUAAAAUACCCCAGAAUGAAAUCGAAUAGUAUUAUUGGGCAAAGAGUUUUUGGAUACAAACUGGAAAUCAGGAAUUUCGAUAGAAUAUUGACAACACAAUAAAAAAAAAAGUAGAGGACUAUUUUAAAUAUUUAAUUAGUAUUCCAACACUAUCUUAACUAAAUGAAAAAUUAUCAAAAGAUGUAAAUACUUUGCAAGACCCUUACAUUAAAGAAUUGAUUAAGAAAUAAUAUCCAAAAUAUAAAGAUGAAUUCGAAAAAAAUUUUAAUAAAAUAGUCUCACAAUCUCCUGUAAGUAAAUAACCCAUCCUUUAGAUGGGAGCAAUCUAAAAAAAGUUAUCUAAUAUUAGAUAGGAUUCAAAAUUUAGGGAGUUCUCAACAGAAGAUCAAUCAGUUUUGACAUUUAUAAACGAAUAAUUUAGUCUUUACAUGAAGCAACUCUUGGGAAAAGUCUUUUAAGUGGCCUUGACCCAAAAACCAGGAUAUGAAUUCAAAGUAUUUUAAAAUAAGCCUAUUUCAUCAAAUGAUACCUUAAUGAUGAAAUAUAAAUAAAAUCAAGAAUUGUAAGGAAAGUUCGGACCUCAAAAAAAUUCAUAUCUUGACAUAACCUUACUAACUGCCAAUGAGAACAAGAAUUAACUAUAUUACGAGUUGUGUGACUAUACACCUACCUAGAGGUAAAUAGAAUUUAGGAAUUUUCUAAUUGAAAUAGAACCUCUUUAGGAGGAGAAGCUGAAAAACAAAAUCAGAAAAAAUAAGUGGAAAGAAGAGCAUCCUGAAUUGGAGGAAGUACUAAAGAAGAGAAUCAAAAGAGGAGCUGAAUUAUGGAAUUAAGUUUAAGAUUUCCUCUGUAAAAGAGAGAACAAUGAAAAUGCAAUGGAUUCAGAUGAAGAGUCAGAUAAAUAUAAAGGUUAAUAGUAAUAGACAAUUGAUAUUGUUGAAGAUGAUCAAUUAGAUUAAAAAAUUCAAGAUGUUCAGAGAAGUUUUGAAAGACAAUUGUUGACUGGAAGACAUUAUAUAAAGACAAGAUUAAAUAACAUGGAUAAUGAUAACCCAUUAUUAACAUAGAAAGAAAUAACUGUGAAGACGGUUCAGUUUGUUUUGGAGUAGCAUCCCUAUUUCAAAAAGAGUCAGAUUUUAUAUAAAUCGUACAUUUUGUGA